AGCGUUACAGCAGGCAAGUAUCCUAGACUCCCAAUGACAGACAUUAAAACCUAAUAACCACAGGGACCUCACUACCAACCACAUCAUCUAGCACUGUCCAGACCAGUCACACAUACUUCACUAGAGCCCGCACCAACCAAAAUCACCCAGCACAAGUGCAAGCGCCUUUCAAUCUCGCACAGCCCAUCACGCAGGAGUACUUCAGCGCCCCGGACAACAAUCGUCCUAGACCAUCUACAUCAACACCAUCACUGCUAGCAGAGCAUACUAAGCCUUUAGAUGUACCACCCAAAAGAGAGCUCCCAUUUCCCAGUGCCGCGAAAAGCACCGGUACCAAAAAGAACCCGCCCACUUUCUCACAAGCAACAACAAAUGCACCUACGAAGGCUGUUCGAGAAACAGGUCCAACAAGAACAACACCCACAUCUACCAACCCACCAAAGACCUCCACCCUCGAACCAAGACCAUCCACCUCAAGCGGAAAAGUCACUAUACUGCGAUACAACCCCAAUCAUAAUAAACAACCCCUACAAACCGAGCCUGAUAUCCUUCCCCCCACUGGAAUCUAUAACCCCACAGACCCAGCAACGGUUAUACAAUCCCUGAAUCCAUUUCAUCCCUCCACACACCACCCAACUGAACUGAUCAAAGUAGACGAAGGCCCGACAAAGAACGGAGAGUCCCAACAAGGGAAACUGCCAAACGCUUUCACGACAGUAGAUCUCUCGACAUACGUGGCCGCUCCCACAUCCGAGCGCAUGGCUAGUAUAGAAGCAUGGAUUUGUAGUCAACUUGAGGAUGAUGGGUUCAUCGAGCUCUGUCAGGAUAUGGAGGGGAUUUGGCAACGGAUCGGGUUCGGGAAACGACAUGAGAUGUAAUGAGACGUGAUGUUGUAUUUGCUGUCGAUUGUAC